AUAUUUGCGAAGUUAUUGUCUUGGCAAGAUAUAAAACUCCCAGGCGAUGGAAUGGCACUUAACAGAUCAACAGCAUCACACAGCACAAGAUGAAGGCAGGACAAUUGGUACUCAGAAUCCUGGCCAUAAGCCUGUGCAUUUGGGCAGCUAGCGCAUCCACAACUACAUCAACAACCACGGAUGCCACAACAACGACUACGACCACCUCAGCAAGUGAUACCACCACCACGACGGAUGCAACUACAACCACCACUGCGUCAUCGUCUUCGUCCUCGAAGGUCCAUCGCAAACGGAUUAGGAUUUCGAACCUCAAGUACUCCAUCAAGCGCAAGGUCCGUGUCAACAAGAACAGCACUUCCAGUUCCAAGAGCAAGUCUAAGAAGUCCAAGUCCAAGCGGCUUAAUGCCCGUCGAAUCCGCAAUCUGCUUAAACGCCGCAUUCAAGGAUAA